UAGCGAAUGAAGUGUUCUCAUGAAGUGGAUGAUCUUACAAGUGCUUAGACAAACACUUUAUUUGCUCCAAAAUGGGAAUGCCUAAUGUAAAAUAGGUGAAUGAUGUGGAUAUUCUUGUAAGCGAUCAUUUCCUCUCCUUUACGUGGUACCAACUUGAAUUCCAUUAUGGCGGUUGUGAGAGCUUCCUUGUUCAAAAUUGUGUCUCAUCGUAAUCUCAACCGCAACCCUUUCUUUCCUUGCCUCUCACUCUCACCACUACCUCCUCCUCCUCCACCUCCAAUGCCGCGUUCCUUCACCAUCUCCGCUUCCCUUUCCACUUCCCGCUCCAAACCAAUGUGCCUGUACCACACUCAGGGAAAAUGCACCAUGAUGGAUGAUCUUGUUCACCUUGACAAGUUUAAUCAUGAUUGCUCCAAGGAGCUUCAAGUGAAUAUUGCUGGGUUAAGCAAAGUACACUCUCAGAAUCAUGACUUUUUCCUUGUACUUGAUUUAGAGGGUAAGGUUGAGAUUCUUGAGUUUCCAGUUCUUAAGAUUAGUGCAAAGACAUUGAAAGUCGAAGACAUUUUUCACAGGUUCGUGAGGCCCUCAAAUAUGAGCGAACAAAGAAUAAAUGAAUACAUAGAAGGAAAAUACGGGAAAAUUGGAGUUGACAGAGUUUGGCAUGACACCGCCAUACCAUUCAAGGAAGUUAUUGAAGAAUUUGAAGCUUGGUUAGUGCAACAAAAGCUAUGGACUGGAGGCAACCUUGACCGGGCAGCAUUUGUAACUUGUGGAAAUUGGGAUUUAAAAACAAAGGUCCCUCAACAGUGUGAAGUGUCAAGGAUAAAGGUUCCCCCCUAUUUUAUGGAGUGGAUUAAUCUCAAAGAUAUCUAUCUGAACUUUUAUAAUAGGAGGGCCACGGGAAUGGUUACAAUGAUGAAGGAACUGCAAAUGCCUUUGGUGGGAAGUCAUCAUCUUGGCAUUGAUGACACAAAGAACAUAACAAGAGUACUGCAACACAUGCUUGUCGAUGGUGCACUCAUUCAGAUUACUGCAAGAAGGAACCCUAAGUCUCUUCGAGAAGUCAGCUUUCUUUUCAAGAACCGUAUCUGAUUGUGUACUCGUAAUCAUAAUUUUCACUAGUAGGUUGUGGUAUUAAAAUUAUCCAAGUCGAGUAGCAAUUCAAUUUUAGUUUCGUCAAACACGAAAAAUAGUCAUGUAGAAUGUUAUGUAAAAUUGUAAGGAAAUUAUGAAUAUUUUUUUUAAAAAAUAAACUGUGUCAA